CUGCCCUCAAUGCGUCGCCAGUCUUGACGAACUCAGCUUGAAGAAAGCUGCCUGGCAUUUCUGAAAUGAAGAAACUUCUGCUGAUUGAUGUUGAUUGUGGAGUUGAUGAUGCUCAAGCCAUAAUGAUGGCUCUAGCUGCUCCCAAUGUUGAAGUCCUGGGAAUUACUUGCUGUUAUGGAAACAGUCAGCUGGAAAACACGUGUAGAAAUGUACUCCGUGUAUUACAAGUUUGUCACAAGCUUGAGAUUCCAGUUUAUCCUGGUGCUUCUGGUCCCAUACUUGCCAGCCCUGUGCUUGGGUCUUUUUUUCAUGGAAAAGAUGGUUUGGGUAACGUACCAGAUCCUAAUGCUCCAGGACCUGAACUUCUACAGAAAGAACAUGCUGUGCUUACAAUGUUAAAGUUAGCCAAUGAGCGACCUAAUCAGGUCUCUCUAGUUGCUACUGGACCCUUAACAAAUUUAGCACUAGCAGUGAAAAUGGAUCCAACAUUUCCAAAGAAACUUAAAAGUGUAUUCAUCAUGGGAGGAAACACUGAAUCCAAAGGAAAUACUACAGUCUGCGGAGAAUUCAAUUUUGCAACUGAUCCAGAAGCUGCACACAUUGUCUUAAAUGAGUACACGUGCCCAAUUUAUAUUGCAGCCUGGGAGUUUACAUGUUCCUACUCGCUGUCCUGGGACUUUUACCAUAAAUGGGUUAAUCAGAAUACUGAGAAAGCCAAGUUCAUGAAAAAGAUAUUUGCUCAUUCUUUGCAAAUGUCGAAGUAUCUCGAAGAACAGGGCGGGGAGAAAGUAUGGAGAACGGGGUUUAUUUCUUGUGACUCCUAUGCCAUGGCUGCUGCAAUUGAUGAGAACUUUGUCACAGAAGUAAUAGAAAUUGGUGUAAGUGUUGAACUCAAUGGUACACUGACUAGAGGAAUGAUGGUAAUGGAUUGGACUAACAAACUGAAAAAGGAACAGAAAGCCUUUGUAAUGAAAAGCUGUGAUUUAGAGAAGUUUCAGGCACUUAUGGUGGCUGCUUUACAAUAAAAAUUAGCUGACAGGACCUGCUAGGGAUUUUUGGUGCCCUAGCUAAAAAAUGACUUCAGCACACACAUCCCAUUCAUUAUACCUUACCUGCAAGGUAGCCUUUAUUGGCAUACACAUUAUAUCUACCCAAGUUUAAUCAACACAAGUAUGAGAAACUAAUCACAACAAAAAUAAUUGGUGAUUGUGUUUGUGUUUUAUGUAGAAAUGAUCAAAAUAUUAUUGCUUGCAUUUCACAAUCUUUCCAUCCCAGGUUUUUUCUGUACUACAGAGGCGUAUGGGGGGAAAAUAGCACUCGGGGGCAAAAUUUUAUUACAUUUAUUAGUGGAUUUAUACUAUUCGUUUGCUUUGUUGAAAAUUGCCUCAAGCCCAGAAGGGGAGGGGUAGUAUAGAAGUUUAAUAAAAUAAAAUAAAAAAGGUCUGGAUCUUAGAUUUAUACAUUCAGUGUCUAAUGAGAAUAUAAGUAGGAUCCUGGCUGAAUAAUAUAAAACAACAUCUUUCCUACUUUGCUUCUUGUAAGCAAAAAUGAGUAGGAGAACAUUAAAUCCAAAUUGAUUUUGUUCUUAGACCCCUUCCGCACAUGCAGAAUAAUGCACUUUGAAUCCAUUUUCGAUGCUCUUUGCAGCUGGAUUGUACCGUGCGGAAUAGCAAAAUCUACUUGCAAACAGUUGUGAAAGUGGAUUGAAAGUGGAUUAUUCUGCAUGUGCGGAAGGAGCCUUUGUUGGAGUACACUUUCAUUUCUCAAAUUCAAGACUGUCAUGUCAGAGUAAUCCACCCACUUCAAAAAGGCAAGUGAAAUAUCGAUGAGCUCAUUCCAAGGGCCCCUAUCCUAAGCAUGCUUACCCGAGAUUAAACAUAGUGGGACUUUUGAGUAGACACAUAUAGGUCAUGCUGCAGGUUAUUAAGGGUCAUGUCCACUUUUCAAAAGCUGAUCCAAGGCAGGAAGUGUAUUCCUGAGCCUGAGCUUGGAAAACUAAUUCCCUUGGCCAACUCGCCUCAACAUACAAACAGCAGCAGCAGCCCAGUAGUGCUGUGCCUGGCUGGGGACCACAGAAGAUGCAGUUUCAUACCAAGCCAGCACACCGCUGCAGCACAUCUGUGCAGAAAGUAAAACUUCUUGACCUAUCACAGGAAUGCUGCACAAGUUGUCUCUGCUAAAGAGCAGUCGAGACCUAUUUGCCAUAACUCAGACCCAGCUAGAUCUGAACCAAGCCAACUGGAAUAUUAACUUCACCAACCCAUAUUAAAAAUCUGGUGCAGAAGGCUACUGCCUUGUUUGCUUGUGUGGUUGGGCUGGCCCUGCUUUCUAAUUAUACAUUUGAACAGAUGGCUAACUUGACCUUUUGUUACUGCUACAUGAGCUGAGGUUGUUGCAACAACUAAAGCGGCAAGCUGUGUAGGGCUUACAGGCAGCAGCACCACCCUGAUCUUUCUUGUUUCCCCUUGAGACAUUUGAAAUGACAGCUUUCUGCAGAUUUUUGCUGACACUUCAAGUGGGAUAGGGAAACAAUUCUUGUGGGAAUCCCUCAGAAUUUUCAAUAGCUCACCUACUUGCAGCUCUUGAAUUCUUGAGUUUAUUUCUGUUGGUGGUGCAGCACAUGGGGAAAAGCUAAUUGCACUGUUGGAUCAAGGUUAAUAAGACCUAUAACAGUAUGCAUUUUUAAAGGUCCAGUUCAGCAUGAACCUUUGGCCACUUCCGCAAGGAAGCAGAAGCGCCUGGGUCGGCGUAGUCGACGCCAACCCAACGCCGGACGGUCCCAGAAAGA